AUGACUGCAAAACUCGGUUACGACCAUGUUCCUAUUUUACAAGUACCACAACUCGUUCGAAUUGGUGAUCACCAAGCGGACGAUCAGUGUGACAUGAAGCGUACGAAAUUGAAUAUCCGGCAUGCAAACGUGGAAAAUCCAGUGCACCAGAAGCAUAUCAACGAACGUCGCCAGUUACGUACCGUGAAUCAAACAGAGAAUACUUGA